AUGUGCCGAUCAACUCAGUUGAACUACAAGGUCCAAGCUCCCUUUGACGCUACUGCCAUUGGCUUGCAAAACAGUCAGGCCGUGUCGAACCUUACUUCCUCACUUUCCUCAGCACUUGAAAACGUCAAGAGUCACAAUGGCGGAAGCAACAGCAGCCGCAAGCAACGGCAUCAUCACAUUAUCGUUGAACACGAUUACCAUGACCACGCCAACGAACUCGAAUUGAUCGACGAGCGCCCAGCUCGCGGAGGAGUCACCACUCCAUUCCCCAUUCGCUUGCACAAAAUGUUGGACCAAAUGCAAGAAGAUGGCCACGCCGAUGUCAUCUCUUGGCAACCCCAUGGCCGGGCCUUUGUCGUGCACAAGCCCAAGGAAUUCAAGGAGUUGCUCCCUACAUACUUCAAGCUCUCCAAGAUGAGUUCAUUCCAGCGCCAAUUGAACCUGUAUGGUUUCCAACGCCUCACUCGUGGAAGAGAUAAAAAUGGAUACUACCAUGAAUACUUCCUCCGUGGAAAGCCCGCCUUGUCGCACAAGAUCCAGCGCACCAAGGUCAAGGGAACCGGAGUCCGUGCCAGGUCCAACCCUGCAACGGAGCCCCAUCUCUGGGAAAUGAGCUGGGUCGGAAUGGAAUCAUCUUCUGCCGCCCAGCAUCAGUAUGGAAACUGCGAUAACGGAAGCGUCUCCAGCCACGAAGAGCAUUUCGAGAGCCCCAAACAGAGUCCCAUGCCCCCUCUGAAACAGGAAUCCAAUUAUGCCGUCAACAAUGCAUCGGCUUUCUCCCUUCCUCCCUUGUCGGGAUCAUAUUCCAUGGCUUCUGCUGCUGUGGAGUCCUCGACUCCCUUCAUGGUCCCAUCCUGGACUCAGCAGCAGCCACUCGUCCAACAACAACCAUCACAGCAUGCUCUAUACGCGGCCCGUCUCAGGAAUGAGCAAGACGUUGUCAUGUCGUUUGGUGGAAAGCAGUUCCACUACUUGGACCCCAAAGAAAUGACGAAGGAAGCUGAAAUGCGAAAGAAACAGGUCGCUGCCUGCAAACAGGUCGAUACUCCCCCCAAAAGAGACGACUUACAAGCUUUCAUGUCGAACUUGGAAUUGGACAGCCUUUAUGCCGAGAUCGAUGAUGACCACAUGGAAAACGACGAUGCCUUCAUGGACAUGUUGGAGCGUGUGAUUGAAUGA